UAAUUUUCCAACCCAGCCCACGCAAUGUUGCGCGCGCAUUGAAUCUAGCCAUACCUUGUGUCGUUUGAUUUAUUUGUUUGCCUUAGUGGUUAAGGUAACAGUACUUAAAAAUCGGACAUUUAUAUCUAAAUGCAUAAAUGUUGUUCGCUGCGCCUAAAACGGAGACCUCAAAGGAGGACGAAUGGACUUCAAUUUCCUCUAAAUUACCAACAAAUCAUUGGGUGGAUAGUUUGCGUCGUCUCCGUUUUAGUUAACUUCUUGUUACUUACUCGGAUACAAUUUGAUGAUUUAAAGUUUGCGUCACUAAUUAUUUAUAGUUUUGUAUACGCAGUUUACGUGAUUACCCAUUUUGCCGCUUCUUUAGUAGAUCCAGGAGAAGACGAUUUACGAAAACGAGACAUAAAUAUACUCCCAGAGUUUGAUCGUACAAUUCAUGCCCAUGUUAUUGAAAAUGGAAGAUGUCAUCUCUGUAAUAUUAAUACUACAGACAGGAAAACAAAACAUUGCGGGAUAUGCAAUAAAUGCAUAUUUAAAUUUGAUCAUCAUUGUAAAUGGUUAAACAACUGUGUUGGUCGAAGAAAUUAUACCGUAUUUAUUUUAUGUGUCGUUUCGGCUCUAUUAAUUACUCUGUUUACUGUGAUACUGUGUUUAAUAGAUAUAUAUAUAUAUUUUGUAAGUCCUCAGGAAUUAAGUUCUGCAGCUCAAACUUUUAUUAACUGUACACAAUUAGAGGAUUUCAAUGAUGUGACUAAAAAAUAUUGUAAGAGUUCUAUAUAUUUUUUAAUAUUUCUUGUCACGUUUUGUACAAUUGCCUUAGCGAUAGCUUGUGCCUUGUUGCAUUUAUUAUGUUUUCACAUUUAUAUUUCAAUUUUAGGCGUCUCGACAUACGAAUAUAUAAUGAGAAACUCUCACACUAAAUCGAUUUGUUGUAAGUCUUGUAGAACCAAUAUAAGACGACUUUAUAUAAUAAAUCAGGACAAGAUAAAAUCGAAUGCAAUUGUUAGUUCUGAAACUGGGGUAAAUGGAGAAAAUAUUACGCAGGAACAUGAUAAUGAAAUAAGUGUGAAAAAUUUUAUAAAUACUUUGGUUACCGAUGAAUUAAAUAGAGCUAGAAUUUUUUUUUUAUAUGAAAAGAGUAAAAUUCAUCCUAGUAACGAAGGCAGAAGCUAACAGUAGAGUAUUCAAAUAAAUUAAUAAUAUUGAUCAACGUACAACAAUGUGAAAAAGAUAUUUUCAGUGUUGGUGGCCAACAUACUUAAUUUAAGGGUUUUAUAUCGAGUUAAUUUUGGAAGUAAGGUUUUGGU